UUUGUGAAGCUGAAGCAUACAUCCAUGAGCUGAAGUGAGUGAAGAAAUAAGCUAUGAGUAAGAAGGAUAACGGCGCGACUGUCAUUCUUGCGUAUCUGAAUGAGAAGAACAGACCCUACAGUGCUCAGGAUGUGUUUUGCAAUUUACAAAAGCAGCAUGGAUUGGGCAAAACGGCAGUGGUCAAAGCCAUGGAGCUGCUCGCUCUAGAGGGCAAGAUAAAGGAGAAAACAUAUGGCAAGCAAAAGAUUUAUUUUGCUGAUCAGUCCCAGUUCAAAGAUGUGAACGAUGCAGACCUGAAGGCGAUGGACUCUCAGAUCUCUCAGCUCAGCGCAGAAGUGCAGUCCCUCACCCAGAGUUGCAGACAGCUUGAUGCAGAGCUGAAGGAGCUCAGCAGCUCCCUGACAACAGAGGAAAUGAUGUCAGAAAUCAAAGAGCUGAAAGCGGAGUGUUCAGGGUACAGGGCGCGCGUGGAAAAGAUAAAGUCGGCCACAAAUCACGUCACACCAGAAGAAAAAGAGAAGGUUUACAAAGAGCAGAAUGUUUACGUCAAAGAGUGGAAAAAAAGGAAGAGACUGGCUUCAGACAUGAUCAAUGCAAUCCUGGAGGGGUAUCCAAAGAGCAAAAAGCAUUUCUUGGAAGAAGUUGGAGUGGAGACUGAUGAGGACUGUAAGGUGGUUGUUCCAAGUACUUGAAAGAAUAGGAAAUGCUCGUUCAUCCACUUCAUUAAUAUAAGCCAGUGCAGUGCCUAGCAAAGAAAUUAGAUUAUUCAUCAGAGCGGUCUGAGCCACAGCACAUUUGUUAUUUAAAUCUUUUCUCUUGAACAAAGAGUACAUCCUUAAUGAAAGUAUAUUUAUACAAAAAUAACUGUCAUUACAAGACACUAGGACUUUGUGGCAUCAUUGGACAACAGCCCUGACAGAGGCUUGUGGCCGGAUUUCUUCCCCUUUUUAAAGCAAUAUAACUAAUCCUGAGCCUUUGAUUAAUAUGUCAACAAUUUAGUCAUUAUAGCUUUGAGAGCUGGGUUCUUUGUUCAUAUAUCCUCAAGUUCAUAUUGCUGACAUGUUGUUUUAAAAAAAAAACUGUGGAUAAAAGAACCACAAUGUACAAUGUAUCACCUUCAGGUAUUAUGGGGGGUUGUCUUGUUUUAUACCUCCCCUUUGUUAAUUAUCUUUUGUACUGCUUCU